AUCUGUACUAUCGCGAAGUUCAGUCGCUAUCAAUUAUUCUUUCGAACGAUGGGUACAGUGACGAACGGGGAUUUGAACAACACGGCAGCAGAGCGUGCUCGAACUGAACUCACGACAGACCCGGCAUAUCGCGGCCUCUCUCUUGCAAUUCCGGCCCGCCAAGAUGACGCUAUCAUUCGAAAAAAGUAUCGACCCUUCCUGUUAGAUGACAAUACACACUCAGACCAAGACUGGGUUGGUCGGCUCGAGCUUAGCACAGCAUUGGAGAUGGUAGAUCUCCAAGUCCUGAGGAAUGGGGGCACCAGAUUGAAUGUGCUCGUUUUAUAUGGCAGCUUGCGAAACCGGUCUUACUCACGUCUCCUAGCAUUUGAGGCUAGUCGAAUACUCUUUCGGCUUGGCUGCGACGUCCGCGUGUACGACCCUAGUGGACUGCCUGUAAAGGACGAUGUUCAGCACUCACACCCAAAAGUGCAGGAGUUGCGAGAUCUUAGUAAGUGGAGCGAUGGCCACGUCUGGAUAAGUCCUGAGCAACACGGAAACCUUACUGCAGUUUUCAAGAACCAGAUCGACUGGAUACCCCUCUCAACAGGCUCCGUUCGGCCGACUCAAGGACGCACAUUAGCGAUUGCCCAAGUAUCCGGUGGAUCCCAAUCAUUCAAUACUGUGAACUCCCUGCGCAUUCUUGGACGGUGGAUGCGCAUGUUUGCUAUUCCGAAUCAAAGCUCAAUACCCAUGGCUUAUACACAGUUCACAGGCGAGGACGCGAGUGAAGGAGGGAGUAGGCUUAUGCCAAGUGGGAACAGAGACAGGCUCGUUGAUUGUAUGGAGGAAUUUGUAAAGUAUACGCUGGUAAUGCGGCCACACUUUGAUCUUUUCGGUGAUCGGUACAGCGAGAGAGAGGAGAAGAGGGUGAAGGAGGAAAAGGCGAGGUUGUUAGACCUAAGGAAUGGUCCAUCUUUGGACGAUAUGUAAAUGAAUUAACGAGAGGUUGUAUGCUUGAUAACGGCCUUGCGCCUACGCCGGCAUUUCAAUAGGAUAUCAUAGAAAUAAGUAUAUAAAAUGUAUAUAGCAUAAAUCAAGCAUAGAAAGGGGAUCUGAUGAC